CGUGUUAUUUAUUUAAUUAUUUAUAGUAGUAAAGUCCAGCCAGGUUGUGGUUGAAAUAUUUCCCACAGAACGUAAACGCAGCAUCAGGUCGGUUUCUACAGUAACGCCUGACAACAGAGCGGGAGAUGGUUUACAUUACAGAGGACAUGGUCCGCCGACGGGCCGAGCACAACGAGGGCGAGAUCUUCUCCCUGGAGGAAGUUUCCCUUCAUCAGCAGGACAUCGAGAGGAUCGAGCACGUGGACAGGUGGUGUAGAGACCUGAGGAUCCUCUACCUGCAAAACAACCUCAUCCCCAGGAUAGAGAAUGUUGCUCGCCUGAAGAAGCUGGAAUAUCUGAAUCUGGCCUUGAACAACAUUGAAGUCAUUGAAAACCUUGAAGGCUGUGAGAGCCUGCAGAAGUUGGAUCUGACGGUGAAUUUCGUGGGCCGUCUGAGCAGCGUGGAGUCUCUGAAACAUAACGUCCACCUCACCGAGCUCUUUCUGGUGGGGAACCCCUGCACUGAGUUUGAGGGCUACAGGCAGUAUGUGGUGGCCUCUCUGCCUCAGCUCAAGUGGCUGGACGGGACGGAGAUCAGCCGGUCGGAGAGGAUUCAAGCCUCUCAGGGACUGGAUGACGUAAAGAGGCGAGUCUGGGAGCAGGAGAAGGAAUACCUGAAGAGGAGAGCCAGAGAGAGAGAGAAGGCUCAGAGGAAGGCAGCAGGAGAGGAGAAAGGAAACGAAGAAAGGAAACUGGGCUGUGAUGGUCGCUGGCACACUGACAUCAACAACACGAUUCCAGUGUCGGAGGAGAAUAAGGAGAACCAGGAGACGGAAGACAACACCCUGAACUCUCACCUGGAUGACGAGCAGCGAGAGAGGGAGUUCUGGCAGACACCGUGUUCAUUCACCCCCGAAUCUCGUCUGGAGGCUCACCACCACCUGGAGGAGAAGAAGAAGGCGAAGGACAAGCAGAAAGAGAAGAAGCCGAAGGCCCAGAGGACGCUUAUCACUGCUGAUGGACGAGUUUUGAACGUCAACGAGCCCAAGCUGGAUUUCUCUCUGACUGAAGAUGAAGGGAACAACACGAUUGUCUUAGACCUCUCAGUUUACAGACACAUGGACACCUCCCUGAUAGACGUGGAUGUUCAGCCAACGUAUGCCAGAGUCACCGUCAAAGGAAAGAUAUUUCAGAUGGUUCUGCCUGCUGAAGUGAAGCCCGACAGCUCGACAGCUCAGAGGUCCCAAACCACCGGACACCUGGUCCUCACCAUGCCCAGGGCUGAAGGUGAAAUCAAAGUGACAAAGAGCGUCCAACGUCCACUCAGAGCGAGUCAAACCAGGCGCAGCAGUUCGCCGCAGGACAAUAAAAGGAAAUGUAAUGUUCCUGUGAUGCUGGAAGUGGACCCCAGUAAACACACAUCCAUCGACCUCGCCAACAUCGUAUCACGCCACAGCGCCAAAGAAGGUCCUCCGGAAGCAUCCAGGACGGCUGCACCUUCCACCUCAGCUUGCAGCACCUCCUCCGAAGGGUUUGUGGACGACCCUGAAGUCCCCCCACUGAUGUAACAUUUCAGAGACACAUCUGUUGUGUACAUCUUGUUGUUUCUGAGCCUUUCAACCCUGUAGCCUUUCACAUAGUAGAAAAUAAAAGAUAUUUUUCUGUG